AUUAAAAAUUAAAAAAAAAAUCCCUCCAAAACCCUGAGACCUAGAUCUCAACUCUCUCUCUCUGAGUCUCACUCCCCCAACUCCAAUGGCUUCCUCUCUUCGAAGCGCGACCUCCACUCGUCUAAUCUCUCCUUGUUCCCAUCGUCCCCCAAAUUGUCGAAGGAAAGGCCGAGCUUCAUCAUUUCGCUGCUCGAGUUCAUCUUUCAUUCCAACGAAUUCAGCGAGGAUCAAGGUGGUUGGAGUUGGCGGAGGCGGGAACAAUGCAAUCAAUCGCAUGAUUGGUAGCGGACUUCAGGGUGUCGACUUUUAUGCAAUUAAUACGGAUGCCCAGUCUCUAGUGAAUUCAGCAUCAAAAAAUCCACUGCAAAUCGGGGAGCUUUUGACUCGUGGACUGGGUACUGGAGGCAAUCCUCUUCUAGGGGAGCAAGCUGCUGAGGAAUCUAGAGUUUCCAUAUCCAACGCUCUAAAAGACUCCGAUCUUGUUUUUAUUACGGCUGGUAUGGGUGGAGGUACGGGAUCUGGUGCUGCACCAGUUGUUGCUCAAAUAUCGAAGGAAGCAGGUUAUUUAACUGUUGGUGUUGUUACUUAUCCCUUCAGUUUUGAAGGCCGUAAACGUUCUUUACAGGCAUUAGAGGCUAUAGAGAAAUUACAGAAGAGUGUUGACACUCUUAUUGUGAUUCCCAAUGACCGGUUAUUGGAUAUAGUUGAUGAGCAAACCCCUCUUCAAGAUGCAUUUCUUUUUGCUGAUGAUGUUUUACGCCAAGGAGUACAAGGGAUAUCUGACAUUAUAACUAUUCCUGGACUUGUGAAUGUAGAUUUUGCCGACGUCAAAGCCAUAAUGAAGAACUCGGGAACUGCCAUGCUCGGUGUUGGUGCUUCCUCUAGUAAGAACCGAGCACAAGAAGCAGCAGAACAAGCAACCUUAGCUCCCCUUAUUGGAUCAUCGAUUCAGUCUGCAACUGGAGUUGUGUAUAAUAUUACUGGCGGAAGGGACAUCACCUUGCAAGAAGUGAACAAAGUCUCCCAGGUGGUUACCAGUCUAGCAGACUCCUCCGCAAACAUAAUAUUUGGAGCAGUUGUUGAUGAUCGCUACACCGGUGAGAUCCAGGUCACAAUAAUAGCCACAGGUUUUUCACAGUCAUUUCAGAAAUCACUUCUUACAGACCCAAGGUCAGCAAAGAUAGCAGAAGCUCAAGCUCAGGAAAUGAAAGCUUCCUCAAUGCCUCUCAACUCUAGCAACUCCUCUCCAGUGCCUUCUCAUACUCGAAAGCUCUUCUUCUGAUCCAACCUCGAUAUAUUUAUGCUGACCUUUCUCGGGUUUUGAAAUUGGAUCCCUAAUGCAAUGUCUAUAUACAGUUUCUCACUUGGUUAUGUUCUCUUUGCAUAAUUUCUACAGAGUUUGUUGCACCUUUCCUCAAAUGUAAAGGAAUUAUUUCAGCUACGACCCGAGCUGCAGUUGUUACAUACACUCCAUCAAUUCUUUGUUACCUCAUUUGGUUCUUCUGACACAUUCAAGCGUAUCAAGGCUGUAAAUUUCGAUGUUAGAUUCAGCAUAUGCUUUCAUCUGCUGAAUCGGAAAAAGUAAGUCAGAAUCAAGCUGGUUGAGUACCAUGUUGGAAUUAAGUUACUGAUUAAAUUCCCUCAAGAAACAGAAAACUUCUCUCAAGAAGGACUACAUAGUUUAGUGUUUCCAGAGGGAAUGUAAUGUAUUCAGCAUUGUAGAACAGGAAACCAUGAUUUGAUGUAAGAAUUAGCUCUGAUUUGUAGACAGAAAGUAAUUGCAAACUUAUGAUGAGGUCUGGUUAUGAACC